UGUCGCCAUCUUUCUUUUCUCCGUUUGUGAGUUCUGCGAGUAACAUCGUUUGUCAAAAGGAAAUAAGAUUCUUUAAUUAAAUUUUCAUUAAUUAACCGAGAAGGUUUGAUUUUUUUUUUUGCUAUUUUUGUCGGCAAAUUUUUAUUAAUCUCUAAACAAUGGAAAACGACGCAGGUGAACUUGUUGACUUGUACUGUCCACGAAAAUGCUCAGCGAGUAACAGCAUCAUUCACGCCAAGGAUCAUGCUUCAAUUCAACUCACUUUGGCUGAUGUUGAUCCAGAAACUGGUCGCAUGAGCGAUACUUUUAAAAUGUAUGCCAUUUGCGGACAAAUCAGGCGAAUGGGUGAAUCCGAUGACUGUAUUGGCAGACUAAGCAAAACAGACGGAAUCCUCGCGAAAAACUUUUAAUUUAACGAAGGAUGUAUAAUAAUUAUAAAUAAAAAAGGAAAAGAAAAAUUUUGGAAGUUUUAA